AUGGCGCUGCUGAACUAUCUCAGCGAUGCUUACCUGACGUUUGCGGCGAGCGCACAGGGCAUGGCGAGCACGUGUCGGAGUAUUGGGGGAGCCGUACUACCCAUUGCGGGCCGCAGAAUGUUCAUGGUCUUGGGGAUCAACUGGGCAUGCAGCCUACUAGCAUUCUUGGCAUUGGGAGUGGCCGUGAUCCCAUUCGUCUUCAUCCGAUUUGGCGAUCGCAUCAGGGCGAACAGUAAGUUCUGCCAGGAGCUGAGGCGGAUGAUGGAGGAGCAGAAAGAGAACCAGAGACGGGAGGAGGAGAGGCAGCAGAGGACGGGUAGCGGAGUGGAGAAAGGAUUUGAAGGGGUCUAG